CUACAGCAACGCAGCGGGGCAAGACGAGAGAGACGGGACACCGAAAUGGUCGAAGAACUGGAAAAGGCCCAGAAGGCCCUCCGGGACAUGGACUACGAUUCCGUGUCCGAGGACGGGGACGGGGACGACCGGGAGGCGGCGGGCCUCCGCUCCGGCGGCACGGCGACCGCUGCAUCGCCCCCACGGGCCCGUCCUUUGGACCGGUCCCACCCCUCCUCGCAYCUUCCCUCCCCGGACGUGUCGCCGGCAUCGGCGUCCACGCUGGAGCGSUUCCUGUCCUCGGAAGACGACCAUGGGAAGGACGCAAGGGGAGAGCCCUUCCGGAGCGGCGCCGYCGGUCCCCCCGGGCAGCCUUCGUUCGGUGCGCCCGCCGCCCUUUCGAUCGAAAUGCCCCAAGCGAAGGCAAGCCCGGCCGCGGACCCAAACGCAGCCCCUCCGGCGUUGCCGUCGUCUUCCACUUCCAAGCUGUACACGAAAAUCCCGGCACCGAACUCCCUCUUCGACGACGACGAUUCGAUGGCGGCCGUAGAGCUCCAGACCUUUGGCAACGGGGCGGGGGAUGGUGUCGUCGACGUCGACAUGGACAUGGACGUCAACAUGGACGUCAACAUGGACACCAAUGGCAACGCAAGUGGCAACUUCAUUGGCAACUUCAUUGGCAACGCCAGUGGUAAUCACGAGACGAACCCAUACGCCGAGAACGAUAGGACGCAUGCGAGCACUCACCAACCCGGAACCGCGGGCUACCUCGAGAUGGAGGAAGAACCGCCCCGAAGCGUUCACCACGAACGCAAUGGCAGAAACUCCGUGGUUGUGGGCGAAUCGAUAAAAACCGACUCUGGGUUGGUGUUGACCCAUCGCAAGAUUGCUGCUGCUGCUUCUUCUUCUUCUUUUUCCGCGACGCAUCGAAACCAACAAAAAAAMCAGCAACACCGGCACCGAGCACACGACGACAAUCCGCUCCCGCAGCAAAGAGUCUUUCGAGAGACACAGCAGGACUACUUCGAGGCAGAGAACGGUAUCUUUCGUGGAUGGAACAGGGAGAACCCGACCUUUCGGCAGCGAAAGGAGGGUGGGAAUCACUUCGGAGGGUACUCGGGAUCCCUCGCCGGAGGAUUUGGAAGCGGGACCAGCGGAAGGAACUCGAUGGUCGUGGUGCAGGCGAAGCGCCUCCUCUCCUACGUCCGAAUCUGGGUGGUGCUCUUCUCGCUGAUCGCCCUGUCCAUGACGGGGGUCUUCUUUCAUUCUUUGGGACGCCAGGACGAUCCCAAAUCACUCGUCACCAAGACCGAUGCGGCGCUGUCGUCCUCCUCCUCACCGAACAGCAUCGAGGCGGGUGCGGCCGUGCUGCUGCCGGAUCCUGCCGUGGAGAAAAUCCUGCUGCUGCCCCUGCCAGGCAUUUCGGAGCGGGGCUCGCUGCCGGUGCGACAGCAACAGCACCAACAAACCCAGCAACAAGCCCAGCAACACUUCCAGCCGUAUCACCCGAGACGACUGCAGAUGCUUCGGGAUCGCGACGGAAACAGAUCCGGAGAUCCGGACGACACGGACAACCGAUUUAUCCCACACCUGCGUCGGGAGUUUGAACGCUGGAUGCGCCAGCACUCCAAGGCCUACCAUUCCGAUGAAGAGAAGGAACGCCGCUUUUCCAUCUGGUCGCAAAACCACGAACGGACCGCCGAGAAAAACCGGCGCCACGGCCCCUGCACCCUCACCAAGCAACACGUGUUUGGCUCCAACCACUUCAAGGACCUGGCCCCGGAAGAGUUCCGGGCGAAGUUUCUGACGGGGUACAAGGGUGCCCACGCCGAUGUCCUAGAGGAGAAGCUCGGGGCCAUGUCACCGGGCGAGCGAAAACUCAGAAAGGACGCCGGCAUCGGCGUGGUGCUCGAUCCAAAACUGCACAAAGUGGACUACCACGAAUCGGUUUUGCGGAAGCAGCGGCAUCUCAAACAGGAAACCUCGUCGUACAAACCAAAGGUGAUGACCGCCUCGSCGAUGUACUGCAAGUGGUACGACGCCUCCUGCAUCCUGCGCUAUAUAUGGCUCUCCACGGGCAUCCAGUUCGGAAUGAUCGGAACGAUGGAACCCAAGUUCGACGCCGAUGCCUUUCCGAACUCGGUGGACUGGAGAGAUUCCGGGGCAGUGACCUACGUUCGAACCCAGGGCGAAUGCGGCGCCUGCUGGGCCAUUACCGCCGUCGAGACGGUGGAAUCGGCGUACUUUCUCGCMACGGGCACCCUCUACACGCUCUCCGAAUCGGAAAUCAUCGUGUGCGACGACUCGUGCGAGAUGUGUUCCGGCGGAUGGCCCCAGAACGCCUUUGAGUGGGUCAUGGACCACGGGGGCCUCCCCCUCCAGAACACGCUGCCCUACGAUUCGUACACGCUCAUCGCCCUGACGGCGGGCGCGGAGGGAGACAGCGAGUACUACAGCGAGGAAGCCCUCGAGUCCUACCGGAACCAGGUCUGCCCCGCCAGCGACGCCGGCUCCCACGACGGCUCGGGAAGCAACGACGAGUCCUAUUGGGGCAACGGCGCCGAGAACAAAAACUACGCGGACUACUCCGACCAGGGCCGCUACGGGAACAUCCGGGGCUACGGCUACGCCACCGACCGCUGCCUGUGCUACACCGAUGGGUCGGGCUGCGACUGCGACGACCAGGACGAGGACACGGCGGUCCGAAACAUUGCCACGUACGGGCCGGCGGUCGUCUGCCUGGAGGCCUCGACCUGGCAGGACUACUCGGGGGRAAUCAUGACGGACGAGAUCGGCUGCGGCCACGAGUUCUCGGACAUGAACCACUGCGUCCAGGUCGUGGGAUACGCCUUUACCGACGACUCCGAUUGCGGCGAAGGCGAUGCCGGCGACGAAGGCGAAGGCAAGGACGCGAACUGCGGUGGCGGCAGCAACGACGGGUCGGGAAGCGGGAGCAACAGCGGGAGCAGCGAUUCCCGGGAGGGAUACUGGAUCGUCCGGAACCAGUGGGGCUCGAGCUGGGGCAUGAACGGCUACGCCUAUGUGGCCAUGGGAGGAAACACGUGCGGCAUACUGAACGACAUGACGGUUGCCUAUGCAUAGAAACCACCGCACAAUGAUUGCACAGUAAUGACACAGUAAUUGCACAAUAAUUGCAAAAUAAGUAU